AUGAAAUUCUCAAUUGCCGUACUGUCAUCGAUACUUGCUGUCUGCUCAGUUACUACAGCUGGUCCAGUUUAUCCCAGUUCGGCCACAAAUGCUGAAGCUAGCACUUCAACUGAUGGAUCUGACUAUCCGGUUUUUCCUACAAAAGAUGGGCUUAAGAAAUAUUGCAGUCCAUUCGAUGAUAUUGAAGUGCCGUUGAUCACUGGUAUUGCAAAAUCUCAAGCUAGACUCGACAAAAUGUUGGAGAGACUUGAAGGCGUACGUCAUAAGGUUAAUGUUCAAAGAAAAGUGACUUUUGAAGCGGAGCAAAAAGUCGAGUCCCUGGAACAAACUCCGAGUCAGUUGUUGGAUAAUGCUAAAGAAGAGUCUGAUCUGCAUCAAAAAAAACUUAGAGAACUUGAACAAGAUUUGGAGGAACGUGUUAGGAGAGCUUCGGAUCUGAUCAAGGAAGAAGAUAACUUCAAGGAAACGCUUAUGCAGAACUUAUUGGAUAGAUCAUUGAUGGCUAGUAAUUCCUUACUGAGAGCAGUUCCCGGAUAUAGUAAAUGCUUCCAUUAUUUCUUUGAUUAUUUUAUGGAAAAACUCAUAUAA